AUGGCCGCCGUUGCUACCCGUGCCCUCGCCUCCGCGCCGGUUGCCCUCGAGGCUACCCGCCAACGCCUUGUCGCCGGCAAGGCUCUGCGCUCCGCUGUCCCUGCCGUCACUGCUGUGCGCGGCCAGAGGCUCGUUGCUCGUGCAAGCCUUGAGAAGCCCACUCGCCAGACCUACUUCGCCUCCCCCCAGUCCCUGAGCUACCUCGAUGGGACCCUCCCCGGCGACUUCGGCUUCGACCCCCUUGGCCUGUCCGACCCUGAGGGUGCUGGCAACUUUAUCGACCCCAAGUGGCUCACCUAUGGCGAGCUGAUCAACGGCCGCUGGGCUAUGCUCGGUGUUGCCGGCAUGAUCGCUCCCGAGAUCCUCGGCAGCUAUGGCAUUGGCCCCAAGAUUGUGUGGUUCCAGUCCGGUGUGAUCCCUCCUCUUGGCGGCUACGAGUACUGGGCCGAUCCCUAUGCUCUGUUCGUCCUCGAGAUCGUCCUCAUCGGCUUCGCCGAGCACAGAAGAGCUCAGGACUACUACAAGCCCGGCUAUGGCUCCAAGCAGUACCUGCUGGGUCUUGAGAAGGUUCUCGGCGGCUCUGGCGACCCCAUCUACCCCGGUGGCCCGGUCUUCAACUUCGCUGGCCUGGGCAAGACCGAGGCUGAGAUGCACACCUACAAGACCAAGGAGGUCAGGAACUCCCGCCUUGCCAUGCUCGCUGCCCUCGGCUUCUUCUUCCAGGCGUGGAUCACCGGCGUGGGCCCCCUGCCAGGCGACUACGGAUUCGAUCCGCUCGGCCUGUCGGACCCGGAGGGGGCGGGCGCGUUCGUGUCGCCGCGAUGGCUGGCGUACGCGGAGGUGGUGCACGCGCGCUGGGCCAUGCUGGGCGCACUGGGGAUGAUCGCGCCGGAGAUGCUGGGCGAUGUGGGCGUCAUCCCCGCGCGCACGGGCGUCGAGUGGUUCCGCUCGGGCGUCAUUCCGCCGAUCGGCGCGUUCGACUACUGGGCUGACCCUUACACGCUCUUCGUGGCGCAGGCGGCGCUGCUGGCAUUUACGGAGCACCGACGCGCGCAGGAUUACUACGCUCAUGCCACGCCGUCCUCCUUCCAUCUCGUGCCGCGCGCCCUGGCAGCGCCAGGCUACGGCGCGACGACCCCGUUCUUCGGCCUCGAGCGGCUGCUGGGCGGCUCCAAGCGCCCCGCGUAUCCCGGCGGGCCGUUCUUCAACUUCGCGCGGCUCGGGCGCUCCAAGGCGGAGAUGCGCGCGCUGCGCACGGCGGAGUUGAAGCACGGGCGCGUGGCGAUGGCGGCGUGCGCGGGGUGCUUCGCGCAGGCGGUGGUGACGGGGAGCGGGCCGUGGCGCAACGUGGUGGAGCACGUGGCGGACCCCGCGGGGAACAACCUGCUGGCGCUCGUGGGGCUGCUGUGA